GAAAGGGUCCACUGACCUGUGGUGAAGAUCCUUGCUGACUUGAUGGUUCCGCGCAUGGCAUUCCAUGCAGGCGGGAUGUUCCGAGGUGUUCAUGCUCGGAUGUACAUCGCAGGCUGCGCUGGCUCGAGGUGUACAGUAAGAAGAUUCUGCGGGCCCCCGAAACUUCCUCGACGCAAGAUGUCUGAAAAGGGCCAAGUCAAUCUCAGCAAGGGAGUUGUUGGACCGGAGCGAAUCUUUUUCCUUCCUUGUCCGAGGAUUCCUUCAGAACCUGCAGCCCUGUUCCAUCAGGAUUUGAGCGUCAUGGUUGCGAACCUUGGUUUUCUUUUCCGAUGCAUUGUUGCCUCACUGAUGACCUCGCGGAGGGUAAGGUGCAACACCCGCUUUGUUGCAAUUCUUGGUGAUUCGAGGCGAGCAGAGGGUGAGGGCGCGGUCAGUCCCACGUCUCCUUUGCAGCUUGAGAUUGUUGGGGAUGAGGUACAGAUGAUGUACGCUGAAGAAGUUUGGGUGGCCGCCACCUUUCGGAAAGCUUUGCAACGCUUCAGUGACCCUGUGCUGGGCAGCAAAAGGGCAAAGAGUGCUCGCACGGCUGGAUGGAGGUUUUCACGUCAUUCAGUUGCAGAUGCGCUGGAGGACUUUGCCUACACAGAGCCAAGCGCAACCUUGCUUCUGAACGAUGUCGCCAAAGAGUCAGCAGAAGAUGCCUUACAGGAUCUGCACUCCAAAAAUUCAUCAAUAUCACGCCUGAUUCUUUGCUCAGGGCUUGAGGAAAAUUUGCCACCGGACCUGUUGGAAAGACUCCCCACACGCCAGGUGAAAUUGGGUGGACCACUUUCAUCAUCACAGCGCCUGGUCGUCAUGAAUUAUCUCAUAGACCGCACCUGGAGCUGUGCGCUGCACAGACCUGGUCGGGAAAAAUGUGUCUCUUUGCCAUGAACUUGCCAUGAAAAAUAUUAGUGUAGGACGAUGUGAAACUGAAUGUUGGCACUGCGUGGCACCAAAGUCUUAGAGUAAAGAGUACCAUUCAAGGGCCGAGUCGUAUGGCCAAAUCCACCCGAUUUGCCAUGCAGGAGCAGCGGGAGAGGAAAGAAGAGGAACUUCGCCGC